UUUCUCUCUCUCCACAAAGAUGCGUCUGACGUGUGUCUCCACCCCGAGAGCUCCGACCAAUUCAUCCCAUUCACUCUCUCGUCCACCAUUCUCCGCCGUCCCUUCUGCCACCGUCAUCAACACCAUCGUCACCCUUCCGUCCACCCUCACUCCUUCUUCUCCCAUCCCCUCUUUUCCUUCUUCUCCCAUCCCCUCUUUUCCUUCUUUUCCUCUCACACCACUCCACCCACAUACACACACUCCAACAGCAUGCACGUGCAGUCGUUGCGCUUGCGCUAGAAGGGCAGCAGAGUUGUUGAUCGCCGUCGCUGUAGUGGCACACUCACGCCAUCCUCCAUAACAUAAUUCCCUCCGUCCGCUCGUCGCUACCGUUGCCGUCGCCUCCGCCGUCAUCAUGCCCAUGUUUGGCAGCAGUCGCAAAAGGGCUGCCUCCAACCCUGCCCUUCGCCAACCCAGCGCGCCCCCGAACGCCUCCGCUUCCCUCGCUGCUACCAGAGCCUUUACUCGCGAUUCCAGCGCCCAUGGCGAAUUGUCCUCGGCCGCUGCCGCUGCUGCCCUGCGCUCCCACAGUCCCGCCCCGACUCCCGUAGGCGACACCGUGACAAAGCGCAUGGCUAGGAAAAACUCCUUGUCGUCACAGGGCAGCGGUAGCAUGCGCCCCACCCAAAACCUGCGCAGACACUCCAGCUCUGGCUCCAUGACGGAGCGCUCUUUCCGCGACAAAUCCCCCGCCAGAUCCAGCCCCGUCGAUCGCGAUGCCCCGCCCGUACCCCAGAUGCCCAAAGACCUACCCACUACAUCCGUUGCUCACCGCCGCGCAUCCAGUUUGGAGCCUAGUCACCGCGGUGGAUCCGUUGCGAAAAGAGGCGGUGGAGGACGGGGCGUGAGUCUGGAUCGCGGAGCACCGUCCGGUCCUGGUCGUGGUCAACAACGGGGUGCUUCUACGCUAUCUCAAGUCUCUGAAAAUGGAUCCGAUGGCUAUGGCGGUCCGAGAUCAUCUGUCAACUUUUCGCGUCCCAUGUCCCCCCAGCAGACACCUUCUCCGACUGUAGGAAGAGGAGGUGGAGGCCAAAGUGGGUGGUUUGCUGCCCCAGUCGUCAAUGCCGAUGCCACGUUCCGAGGGGAGAAACCGCGUCCCAAGACUUCGCAAGGCUUGUCUGCAUUUGAAGCUCACCAGGCUCAGCAGGCUGUCCAGAAUGCCGCCGAUCGGCCUGUUUCUACAAGGCAGUCGCAAAUGGCGCGUGGAGUCGAGGGUGCAAGACUAUCCUCGGGAAGUAUGCGCGCGAAACCCAGUGGAUCUGCCAUCCAGUCUCGCCCGGCUACUUCUGCAGGCCCUCGAGUUGUAGAUCCCAAGUCUCCAUUCGCCGUUUAUGACCCUUCUACGAGAACCUUUAUUCACAAAGGGGAUGCCAUUGCUCUACAUAAAGCGAUGAGCGAAGAAGAGCUCAUCCCUGAACCACAAUAUCAGGCGCGGCGUGUAGACACUUCAAGACAAUAUGCGGCCCCGCAGCCUAAGAGAAUCGAAAAGCCAGCUGCCCAGCCUCAACCUGUCGAUGAGUGGGUUGCCUCACCACCUCGGAGGCAGGAAGCCCGUCCCCAACCAAUGUCCGAAGAUGGAGCUUCUGUGACGAGCUCUCACUAUUCCGAGAACGCGAGUCUCGACCCACCUCGCGCUUCUGAUUUACCCAGGGAGCCUCCCAUCCUCGAAAGGCAACGGUCGGAAGAUCUCGCCGCCGAGUCAGAUGUGAGACCUGCAGAAGAGGCCAACACAAGUCGAAAACUGGGUAUCACAAUCCCUCACAGCGCCAAGUCCCCCCCAGAAAAUUAUCAAUCGCCAAAAUUCGCGUCGAAUAGUGACAGCCCGUAUCCACGGCUUCAGGCAUCUGACAAGAAGGAAGCUGGGCCUUCAUCUGGCCUUCAUCCUAGACUAAUAGACAACCGCUUGGGACAUCAUGCUGCACCGCCAAGCGAGACAUCAGAUGCCAUGUCUGACGGCGAAUUCAGGAGGAAGAAGAAGAAUGUUCGCGUCAGCUUCGAAGAAGCCCCCGUGAUAGCAGGUAUUUCUUCUUAUGCGGAUAUGCCUUCUCCUUCUUCGCCAAGCGGCCCUGUGGUGUCAAGGUGGAGUACCACGGAUGAAGAUGACGAUGACGAUUACUCCAAGCCUCGUCCUGAACUUCCCUCCUUUGGUAGUAUUCGUGACCAGAACCGACGGCCGCGAGACGAUGAACGCCCUGAAAAGGUCACCGAGACGGUCAGUUCAUCACUUUCGGCAUCGGCAAUUUCCACUUCUUCGCCCCUUGAAAGUUCUAACGAUCACUUGGUUGGGGGUAUAUUGGCGCAAGAUCAUGCUGCGAAACAAGUCCUUAGCAAUGACCCUCUUCCGCCAGAGGUGACCACUGUCGAGGGCACUGGCUACGGAUCCGAUUCAGACAAGUCGGAUUCGUCGUUCAAUGAGCCUACUACCUCCCAUUCAGUCUCUGGAACACACACCUCUCCUCCGCGGUCGCCAACGAUAACCGAACCGGAGCCAAAGAUGUUGACCAAUCCUACGGAGAGCAAACCUCAACCCCCUGUGGUCCCCAAUAUCUCUGUUCAGCCUGCGUCUCCCCUUCCCGUGGAAAUACAGGAAUAUAUAACCCCAGGGGUGGAGCCCUACACCACGAAGGUCGAGCCAGACACUCCGCAAGUCGAACCCGAAACCCCAGUGGUUGAACUCAAAACAAAGCGAUCAUUCGUCCCUGGCGGUUGGGAUGAUGAUGAGGAGUCGGAAAAAGAACAGGAAGAGCCGAAGAAAGUCACUCCUCCGCCUUCACUUUCAGCAUCUCCACCAUCUACAGGCCCGAGUAUCAGAUUCGACGUUCCUCCAUCGCCACCACGCGAUGUAGAUACAGACUCCACGGAUAAUGAUAGCAUUUACAGCGAUGCCUACGAAGAUCUUUCAGACGCCGACGAGACCUUUGGAUCCAUCAACGCUAUCGUCGAAAGCCCAGUCUCUAAACAAUCUAGCAUGAUGGCAUCCAAAUAUGCACCUACGCCUGCUGAGCGUGGGUCUUCUGGACUCCGGCACGAGAGCGUGGAAUCUGAAGAGGAUGACAUCACAAAUGGUCUUGUCAAUUGGGAUGCGACGAGGAACCAUUGGAAUCAGCUUAAUGAGUCCAGAAAAGCGCAGCCUCCAUUGGAAAAGACGGCUACUUCGACAAAGAAGCAGGAAAAUGCACCCUCCAACCGUGAACGACAGCAGCAGCAGCAGCAGCAGCAGCAGCAGCAGCAGCAAAAACAAGGAUCACGGCAGGAAAGACAUAUACGCGUGGGAUCUGCUGAAGAAGCACCCAAACCAAAACAACGGCCCCAGUCGACUGCACAACCUCGCAAGUCUGCUUUGAAGAAACCCACCGACGCGCCGCAAACGAGAACUGCGCCGGAAACACAGAUGAGGAAGUCGAUGCGGGAUGGGCCACCGGCGAACAAUGCGCCUGCUUCAGAACCCCGCUUCAGGAAGAGCAUGCGAGAUGACUCUGUGAUAAGCAGUUCACCAUCAAAUGAUACCCAUAUGCGGAAGUCGAUGCGUGGCCCCGCGAACGCCAGCAGAAGCACAGCUGCGGUGGCAGCCUCUCGUCAUAGUAUGCCCGCCGCAGAAUCAAAGCCACCCAAAGGAACUCUGCAAAAGAAGCAUAUCCCUGCAGCGACAGCAGCAGCAGCUAGCUCGGUACCCCGCCAGCGUCCGCAAAGUGCAUCGGCUUCGGUCCCAGCAGUCAAAAAGGCUCCUGCGAAAGCUUAUGACAGUGACUCGGAUGCUUCUGCUAGUAGUUUUCAACGGCAGCGACCACGUCCCCGUCAAGGGGGCAUGCGUACGAUGCGUGCGUCAAUGCGGUCUGGGAGUGCUACUGAAGACUUCCCAUCUUCACGGCCUGCGCCGGCGAUGCGGUCCAUAUCACCACCAGCGACGAUGUCACAACCUCCGCCCAUGAAGAGAUCGAUGCGACCAACAUCACCUGUCGCUGAAUCGCCCAACAAUGCCAAGGUGAAAUCCUCCAGGUUCAGUAUCAGAUCAUUGUCACCAGCCGGGAGGUUCCGGUCGAAGAAUAGUUUUGAAAAACCCCCGCCUUCUCCAACUCAAGCCGCACCGCCCAAGAUGAAAUCGUUUGGCAACAAGACCAAGAACAAAGCACCAGCUGCCGAGGCGCCGAAAUCGCGGUUCAAGAGUCGAUUCGCAGAUUCCAGCGAUGAAGAGGACGACACAGCCCGUCGUUUCCAGAGUCGUUUUGCUGAUUCCGACGACUCGGAUGAAUUUGAGAUGCCUCAGGGUCUGACGCCUGUGAGAGGCAUACCACGAAGGGCCGGUGACGAAGAUGGUGAUUCGACCGAUCUAGAAGAUGAGGCAAGCGAUUCCGAGCAGACGCCAAAACCGGUAUCCACAACGACAAACGGCGUCUCCAACGGGCAAAGCUCGAAUAUACUUGCAGGCACAAUGCGCGAUAGCAAAUAUGCGCCCAACAGUAUGCCCACCAUGGAAGCCGGCAAAAAAGCAAAAACGAAGCGGGGGUUCUUCGGCCUAGGGAAAAAGAAAACUGCUCCGUCUUACAUCGACGAUGCGCAACAACACAACGGUGCCGCGGCUGAUAUACCAAUGCCUCCCGAACACCGCAAUCGCGAUCUCGGUCGACCCCUCUCCGCCAUUGGCGAGGACAAAGAAGUGGGUGUUGGUGCUGGCGGUGAUCGGCCUUCCUCCCCACGAUCCCCUAAACUCCAACGUCGUAGCACGCCACAAUGGGGACGCUCGACAUCGGAUUCUUGGCCACUCCCCACGCCGCCGCCAAUCGGCGAUGCGAGACCGCAGAGCUCUGAUGGCGUCAUGGGCAGGAAACCCACAUUGGUGAAGCGUCAGUCCACGGCGAAGAGUCAGGGUGGCUCUGUCGUAGGAGGGAGUGUGGAUGGUGGUGGUGGGCAGGUUGUGCUUGGACGAAGUGGCAAGAAGAAGAAGUUUUCUGGGUUGAGAAAGGUUUUUGGAUUACACGAUUGA